AUGACUAUUGAAGGAAAGCAAAGCGACAUCGAUAGCAAAUUAUUUCUAGAGAGUCUAAAGAAGGUUUCCUUUGACGGUAAGACGGGAAGAAUUCAGUUUGAUGCCAUUACCGGGGCACGUGUGAACUUUACGCUUCAUCUGUAUCGUCACGGUGGAGGUGAAGACAUCAUCACCAGGAUCGGAGAAUGGUCACCAGCUACGAAUGCGGAAGGUGGAAGAUUUACGAAGCUGAACGAGUCUGAACCACAUAAGAAAGGGACCAAGAACCUGUUUGACGGCAUCCAGCGUGUGGCUGUGGUUUUGGAGGCUCCAUUUGUGAUGUUGAAGGAUGACUCCACAUUGGAGGGGAACAGUAGAUACGAGGGGUUUACGAUUGACCUGUUGGAGGAAUUGUCGAAAAGGUGUGGAUUCGAAUACGAAAUAUAUCACGUUAAGGAAUACGGGUCUCCAGUUGGUGGAGGGAUGUGGAAUGGAAUGGUUGGAGAAGUCAUUGAUGGGAAUGCAACAUUCGGUAUGGGUGCUAUUUCUAUUACCUCCUCCCGAGAAAAGGAUGUAGAUUUCAGUCUGGGUGUCAUGACAACAGGUGUCAACCUUCUGAUCUCAAAACCUAAAGUAAUGGACUCAAUAUUCCAGUUCAUGGAACCCUUUUCUCUAAAAUUAUGGAUGGCAAUCGUUGGUGCGUCGGUCGGCGUGUCUCUUUUGUACUUUAGCUUGGAUUAUUCAAGCGAGGAACGUAAGUUUUCCGCCAGGGAAACUUGGUGGUUUUCUAUCGGAACACUUCUAAUGCGAGGGACUGACUUUGCUCCUCGUCCUUCUUCCCAAAGGAUACUUACAGCCGGGUUCUUGUUCUUUGUAUUAAUCACGGUAUCAUCUUAUACAGCUAACAUGGCGGCUUUUUUGACAACGAACAACCUUGAAAAACAAAUACAAUCAUUAGAAGAACUUGUUGAUAGCCCCGAGUAUGAAUGUGGAACAGUAAGAUCUUCCGCUACUAUGAAUUUCUUUAAAACUAGUGACAAUAAAAUCUAUCGAGCUGCUUGGAAGAAAAUGAGCCAAGGGGGACUAGUUGCUUCCUCGCAGGAGGGUCGUGAGAGGGUUAAGAGAGGAAAAUACGCCUUUAUAUUUGAUUAUAUGAUUAACUCGUACUCGGAACUCACGACAUGUGAAACCAAAAUGGUGGGGACCCCCUUCAGGCUUCAGGAACAUGGCGUUGUGAUGAAACAAGGAGCACCUUUCAAAACGAAUAUUAAUAUCAAUCUCCUUAAAGUUAAGGAAUCCCCUGUCAUGGCACAAUUAAAGAAUAAAUGGUGGGAAAACAAAAGGAAAUGUGAUCUGAUGGAAAGCCAGCCUACAGUGGAGUUUGGAAUAAAACACAUGGCGGGGGUGUUUAUAGUGGGAGCGGCGGGACUUGUAUGUGCAAUUCUAUUCUUCCUUGUAAAGAAGUGGUUUGUCUACGUGAAAAAUAAAGAAAAGUCCACAGGGCCAGACACGGGAACUAAGGAGACUAUUUAUAGUCCUGAUAAAAAUAUCAGUAAAGAAGACAUAGCGAACGCGGUCAGUGUUUGAUGCCAUAGCAUAAUGAAAAUAUAAUUCGACAAAGUAUAAAUCGCAAUCAGCUUUUACAAUAAGCAAGUGUCUAUAAAAGUCAUAGUUAAAAGUUCCAAUGUAUGUGAUGUAUAUACAUAUGGGAUUACCCGGUAUAUUGUGUAAUUUUGAAUUUGUCUUUCCCAAGAAGUUGAAAUUGGGAGACUUGAAGGGUAAAUAUCCAACAAUUCAAUGGAUUGAGGACAUAUAUCUAUAUAAUACAUGUAUUUGUUAUAUCAUUAUUUUUUGAAAUAUAUGUACAUAUAUACCUACAAUGUCUAUCAUUACCAAUGUUUUACUGUUAAAGCGGUCAAAAACAAAAAUGGACGUGGGACCGCUGGUUGAGAUGGAUCUGUUGUUGGACCGUUACGAUUUUUUUUUUCAACAAGGUAGUC